AUGGACAACUGGGUGGAUUCCAGAUCCUGGCUGUUGGGAACAGUGUGUGACACCCUUGUUAUUUCAUUUCUGGCUGCAGUGUUGCAUAAAAAGGGAACACGUGAGGAUAUUGAAAAUAACAUGCCAGAAUUUUUACUAAGAAGUAUGAAGAAGGAACCGCUUUCUUCUAUAGCAAAAAAGGUAAAGUAUAUAGAAAUAUUCAACUCAUGUUUCCUGAUUUUACUCUUACUUUAUAGUUUGGAGUGGUCAGCUAUCAUUGUGGAUGAGGCUCAUAGAAUCAAGAAUCCAAAGGCGAGAGUAACAGAAGUUAUGAAAGCGCUCAAGUGUAAUGUUCGCAUUGGCCUCACUGGAACCAUUCUUCAGAACAACAUGAAGGAACUGUGGUGUGUUAUGGACUGUUCUUAUCUUUUACCUCUCCCUCACAAGGAAACCCUUAUCAAAAGGAUAUGUGAUCAGGUAUUUUCCAAAUUCCCGGAUUUUGUGCAGAAAAGCAAAGAAUCGUCCUUUGAAACUCUUUCUGAUCCUAAAUACAGUGGGAAAAUGAAGGUGAGUACUCCUUUUAAUUCCCAUUUGUCCCCCUCCCUGUCUUUCCUCCAGUUGCUUGACGUGCUCCAGCAAUACUGUAUGGCAUCUGGGCUGGAUUACCGGCGACUUGAUGGAAGUACAAAAUCAGAGGAAAGGCUCAGGAUCGUGAAGGAGUUCAACAGUACACAAGAUGUUAACAUUUGCCUUGUCUCUACAAUGUAAGAAAUUAAAUUUGAUAUCUU